CUAGAACGAGUUAAAUGGUUUGAGAUCUCCAAGUUUACAUUUCAACAUCUCAGAUUUUAAUCCAACGGUUCUCAAUCCUUCUACUACGUAAAAACACCACCGUCCCCGUUCCGUUCCGUUCUGUUCUCUCUGUCACUUUUGUCUCUUCUAAGUUUUUAACACUUACCUUGUCGUCUCUGUUCUUCUUCUUCUCUCAUUCCUUUCGUUUAUCGUUUUCUUCUUCCAAUUUUGGAUCUCUCUUCCUUUUGAUCUGAUUCGUUACUUGCUCUAUGUUGCUUCAAUUUUGAAUUCUUUUGAUUUUUGAUUGUGUGGGGGAGAUGGGGCAAUGUUACGGGAAGGUUAAUCAGAGUAAGCAAAAUGGUGAAGAAGAAGCUAACACGACUACUUAUGUUGUUUCCGGCGACGGGAAUCAGAUUCAGCCUCUAACUCCGGUUAAUUACGGUCGAGCUAAGAACACUCCAGCUAGGUCAUCGAAUCCGAGUCCUUGGCCUAGUCCUUUCCCUCACGGAUCAGCGAGCCCUCUUCCUUCUGGUGUUUCUCCUUCUCCGGCCAGAACUUCCACUCCGAGGAGGUUUUUCCGACGGCCUUUCCCGCCGCCUUCUCCAGCCAAACACAUUAAGGCUUCUUUGAUCAAACGUCUUGGAGUGAAGCCUAAGGAAGGUCCGAUCCCUGAGGAGAGAGGAACUGAGCCGGAGCAGUCGCUUGAUAAGAGCUUUGGUUAUGGCAAGAAUUUUGGUGCUAAGUACGAAUUGGGGAAAGAAGUGGGUCGAGGGCAUUUUGGUCAUACUUGUUCUGGCCGUGGUAAGAAGGGAGAUAUUAAGGAUCAUCCUAUUGCUGUCAAGAUCAUCUCCAAGGCUAAGGUUUUAAAUUCUCAAUCUUUUGAACAUCUAGUUUUUGAUUUUGGGAUUGCUUGCAUUGGUGUUGAAUUUUAGCUUAUAUUGUGAUUUGUUUGUUGCUGAUGCUGCUACAAGAAUCUGUGGAGGGUUUUGAAAUGUGGAACGAGUAAUGCUUACAUUUUCUCGUAGUUGAGGUAGUGAAAGUAAGAUUCUUGGGUUUGGAUAAUGGCUGUGGGACAGUGAAUUGUCUUUUUCUUCCAGCUGAGUCUCUUGAGACAAACAAUGUUGUCUCUUUUGAUAGAUGACAACAGCAAUUGCAAUUGAAGAUGUUCGCAGGGAGGUGAAGUUACUGAAAUCAUUAUCUGGACACAAAUAUUUAAUCAAAUAUUAUGAUGCAUGUGAGGACGCCAAUAACGUAUACAUAGUCAUGGAGUUGUGUGAUGGUGGAGAACUUUUGGACAGAAUUUUAGCAAGGGGUGGUAAAUACCCGGAGGAUGAUGCAAAGGCGAUUGUCGUACAAAUUCUAACUGUUGUUUCAUUUUGUCAUCUCCAAGGAGUUGUGCACCGUGACUUAAAGCCAGAGAAUUUUCUAUUUACAUCAAGCCGCGAAGACUCAGACUUGAAACUUAUUGAUUUUGGUCUCUCAGACUUUAUUAGACCUGAUGAAAGACUGAAUGAUAUAGUUGGAAGUGCCUACUAUGUCGCGCCUGAAGUUUUACACAGGUCAUAUAGCCUUGAGGCUGAUAUAUGGAGUAUUGGAGUUAUUACAUAUAUACUCUUAUGUGGAAGCCGACCUUUUUGGGCACGGACAGAAUCUGGAAUCUUUCGCACUGUACUAAGAACUGAACCAAACUAUGAUGACGUACCUUGGCCUUCUUGUUCAUCAGAAGGUAAAGAUUUUGUGAAACGACUUCUCAACAAAGACUAUAGGAAGCGAAUGUCUGCAGUUCAAGCUUUGACUCAUCCGUGGUUACGGGAUGAUAGUCGUGUGAUUCCUUUAGACAUUUUGAUCUAUAAGUUGGUCAAAGCCUACUUGCACGCGACACCUCUUAGACGAGCUGCUUUAAAGGCGCUAGCAAAAGCAUUGACCGAGAACGAGCUAGUCUAUCUUAGAGCACAGUUCAUGCUGUUGGGACCAAACAAAGAUGGUAGCGUCUCUCUCGAAAACUUCAAGACGGCGCUUAUGCAAAACGCAACAGACGCAAUGAGAGAAUCAAGAGUUCCUGAAAUACUUCACACUAUGGAAUCUCUAGCGUAUAGGAAGAUGUAUUUCGAAGAGUUCUGUGCAGCAGCAAUUAGCAUCCAUCAACUAGAAGCUGUUGACGCGUGGGAAGAGAUAGCAACGGCAGGUUUCCAGCAUUUUGAAACCGAGGGAAACCGAGUGAUCACAAUCGAAGAACUAGCAAGGGAACUGAAUGUGGGUGCGUCUGCGUAUGGACACUUGAGAGAUUGGGUAAGAAGCAGUGACGGGAAGCUGAGUUACUUAGGGUUCACUAAGUUCUUGCACGGAGUUACUCUUCGUGCUGCUCACGCAAGACCUCGCUAGUCCUUCUCUAAUUUUAGGUCUUUUUCUUAAUAUUUUUUUUCUUCAUCAGAACAGAGCAAAUAGACUUCUGAGAGAGGUGAGGGGUAUUUUCGUCCGUUUGUUUUGUUCUUUAUCGUAUUAUAGAGUUUCAAUUUUAUGGUACAGAAAAGACCAAAAUGAAAAAAAGAUAUAAACAUGUGCAUAAGGUAGAUGGGUUACAGUCAUUUUUUUGCAAGUAUAAUAUAUGAACAUCUAUGGUUCAAGUAGUCAUAUUGUAUGUCAAUUGCUUUUAACUUUUACAUUGUUUCCUCUAAGCAAA